CGUAGGAUUAGAUUUGAUAGUUGAGUCACCGAUUAAGGAGUUUAACGAUAUUUAUCCAAAAUCAGAGGAGGUUUUUGACAAUGGACUGAACCUGGGGGUGUUUUCUGAUAUAUAUUUACUUCAAAUUUACGGAUGUUUAAUAGUAAUUUUUAUCUGGUGUUUUCUGUACUCGACAAUUCGUCUAAAUGGCCGGGCAAUCUUUAGUCUCUCCACCGUCGCCGCCACCGCCGCCGCCUAACCUAGACGAUUACGCACCGUCGGCCACCGUCAUCCCAUUCGACCGCCCAAUCCCUCUCCUGCGCGGACCACUGAAGACAAGUCCGUCAGACAAUCCGGAAGCUGGCCCCUAUAUUCUGGCGUUCAAGGACCCGAAGAAAUGGGCCUCCGCUUACAAGGCCUGCGAGGCCCAAAUUCUCCAGCAAUGCGAAACCGGAGCUCGAAUUGGCUGCUCCAUCGCCGCAUCCGAUAAAUGCAAACCGCCGUGGUGGAAAAACCUAAUUGUUGGCGGCGCAGCCGGCAAACAGGAUUUUGCGGAAAGGGCGAAAUGCGAAGAACGCGAAAUGGAGGCUUGUAUCGAAGCUUCCAAGGGUAGAUGCCGGGAAUUCGCUGAGAUGAAGUGUUUGACGGCGUUUAGGGAGGCCAGAGUCGCCGUCAAAGGGUUGGAUUUGCCGGCAAACAGAAAGGAGGUCGCCAAGUUGUUGUCUUGGGUGUGUUUGGAAAAUAGUAGGAGGGAAAUGUUGAAAUCAGAUAGCUCUUGGGUUAAGUUCAGGAGUCGAUUCGAACUUUGUAGCUGUAAAGGGAGUGAUUUGUUGGGAUCUGGCAAUGUGAAUGAUAUUGAUGAAUAUGUGAAACAGAAGUUUUAGAAUCAGAAGGAGUUGAUUGUAGUGAUAUUUGGUUCUGUUCACUUGGUAAAAGUUGCUCUUUAUAAGCAUAAAGAUUCAAGUUUUGAUGUACGCUUUUACUGAUUGAGUGUGAUUAAUUCAGUAUCUGGUUUCAUAGGACUAUUUUAACUGUUACAACUGUUAAUUGAUGAACUGCAAUGGAUUUGUGAAACUGACAAAAUGAUGUCCUAUAGAUUUGGGGAUUCCAAGUGUUGUUUCAAGAUAGGUGAUUUUAGAUUUCGCAAACGAAGAACUCGAUCAAACUCUUGAUACUUGAUGGUGCUUGUGGAAAAUGUGUAAGAUAAGAGCUAUGAAGCAUUGGGCAAUUCAGUUCCUGCUAGGUGAUGAAGCCAGAAUGUAGGUGAUUUCUAGAAUGGCAGUCUUCUUGAACAAGUAUAGAUGUUGUUUUCCAGCACUGAAUUGUGAUACCCUUUACCAAUUUGGUCCUAAAAGCAGAGUCGCCAGAGUUUUUUUCUAAAAUGACCCUAUCUAGUUCCAGAUUUCCAGUUACUAUUGCAUAAGCUAGAAAAGAGUGAAUUUGACAUCCUUUCAGGUUAGCCAAAAGGCAAAAAGCCAUUAUUG